AUGACUGGCUACGACCCCGUUGCCCGUUCGUGUCUUGUGUCUGGUUGCUUGGCUGUGGGAUUACUUCGGCUGCAUCUGGCUGCUCUGCUUCCUCCAAUUGCCGUACUUAAUCGUGUUGGGCCAGGCCCCGGCUGUUGCAUCGGAUGGUACGGAACAAUGAACGAAGAGGAGAAAGAGGAGCGUUUCGGGGAAGCUUCUGUGAGGGGUAAGGCCGACAAUGGAGGCGAAAUAGCUUGA